CACCCAAGUCCUCUGAACUCCUCCCAUUCUCUCUCUCUCUCUCUCUCUCUCUCUCUCGGUAAUGGCCAAACCACCAUAUCCAUCUCUCCCUCCAUUCCUUUCAAGAAGAACCCUUUCUUGGUUUCUUCUAAUUGCCUUCCUGUGCUCUCUUUCCUACUUGAUUGGUUCCUACCAAAACUCAAAAUCUCUCUCCCAAACAACCCAACUCUCAAAUCCCAAUUGCCUCCAACUCAACCUCUCCACCCCUCAAAACCCAUCAUCAUUCCCAUUAGAUUUUCAGCCCCACCACCCUGCCUCCCUACCUACAAUCCCUGCCGCCGGUCUCCAACCAAUAGAAUUCUGCCCGAAGAACUUCACCGACUACUGCCCAUGUCAAGACCCAGUUCGAGAGAGGCAGUUCGACAUGUCGACUAUGCUCCACAGAGAGCGGCAUUGCCCCAAUACUGAUGAGCGGCGGAGAUGCUUGAUUCCGAGGCCGGACGGGUAUCGGACCCCGUUCUCGUGGCCGAAGAGCAGGGAAUUCGCUUGGUUUGCAAAUGUGCCGUACAAGAGGCUGACAGAGAGCAAGAAGAAGCAGAAUUGGGUGAGACUGGAGGGUGACCGGUUGGUCUUUCCUGGUGGUGGGACAUCGUUUCCGACAGGUGUGAAGGGUUACAUCGAUGAGAUCGGGCGGGUUGUGCCACUAAAGACAGGGGAAGUGCGGACAGUUCUUGACAUUGGUUGUGGGGUUGCGAGCUUUGGUGCCUAUCUAAUGGAUUUUGGCAUCUUGACAAUGUCCAUUGCACCAAGAGAUAUACAUGAAGCUCAAGUACAGUUUGCCCUGGAACGUGGACUGCCAGCAAUGUUAGGGAUACUAAGCACCUACAGGCUACCAUAUCCAUCAAGGUCUUUUGAUAUGGCUCAUUGUUCACGAUGCCUUGUCCAGUGGGCUGGUUAUGGUGGAUUAUAUCUGAUGGAAAUUGAUCGGGUUCUGCGGCCUGGUGCCUACUGGGUUUUGUCUGGCCCGCCCAUUAAUUGGAGAAACAACUACAAAGGUUGGCAGAGACAGACUAAAGACUUGGAACAAGAGCAGGCCAGCAUAGAGGAUCUGGCAAGGCGGCUGUGCUGGAAGAAAAUUGCAGAGAGGGGCGCAUUUGCAGUGUGGCAAAAGCCUACGAAUCAUAUUCAUUGUAUUCGGAAAUCAAAGAUUCUGGCAUCUCCUCCCUUCUGCACAGCAACUGAUCCCGAUGCUGCUUGGUACAAGAAGAUGGAGAUGUGCAUUACUCCUCUGCCAGAGGUGAAAUCCAUCAAGGAAAUGGCUGGAGGGUCUCUCAUGAAAUGGCCUAAAAGAUUGAAUGCUGCUCCACCAAGGACCUUUGGUGGGAAUGUAGAAGGGAUCACAGUCAAGAUCUUCAGUCAAGAUAAUCAACUAUGGACUCGGAGAGUGUUGCACUAUGCGCGUGUUCUGAGUUUCAUCACUGUGGGUAAAUACAGAAAUGUUAUGGACAUGAAUGCUGGAUUAGGGGGUUUUGCCUCAGCACUGUCCAAAUAUCCUGUUUGGGUUAUGAAUGUGGUCCCUUCGGAUACAAAGAACAACACUCUCGGCUUCAUCUAUGAGCGUGGACUCAUUGGGACAUACAUGGACUGGUGUGAGGCCUUCUCAACAUAUCCCCGCACGUAUGAUCUUAUACAUGCCAGUCGGGUACUUAGCAUGUACAUAGACAAGUGCGAUAUUCUUGACAUUCUCCUUGAAAUGGACCGUAUUCUUCGCCCCGAAGGGGCUGUUAUCAUUCGAGAUCAUGUCGACGUUGUCGUAAAAGCAAAGGGCGUCGCUGACCAAUUGAGAUGGCACAGCUGGAUUUCUCACAGCGAAAAUGGGCCACAUCAUCCAGAGAAGAUUCUUUUUGUUGACAAUUCCAUAAAGGUAAAUGCAAAAGAAGGUACAAGGAAAUAACAUGUUAAUCAACUUUGGCCCCUAAUACAUAUAUGAAAUGGAGUGGAUAUUCCUGCCAUUUGUUUCUGUUCUUUUUCCGACAUUUACUAAGGAGGUAUUAUAUGCUUGGCUUGAAA